GCUCGUUGAGGAAAACCAUAUACCUCUAUGAGGAAAACCCAUACCGCAGAGGAAAACAAAGAUCCGUGACAAGUUGGAAUUUUAAUUUUUCCGCUUUGUAGCUCAGAAAAUGAUUAGUAGCAAUAGUUUCCUUCCAAAAUUAUUUCUGUGUGAAAUAUGUGUCGGGACAAUAGCGCGAAAUGCGUUAAUGUGAAAUCUGUGCCCAACCAAAGACUAUCAGAACAAACCCGUAAACUGAUUCUAUCUUGUGUUUGGGUUAAAAAAAAAAAUCCUCUGGUGGAUGGUACAAUAAUUGUUAUUGCCAUUCAUAAAUGAUCGGUUCACGCGGGGGCGACGCGCGGCUGAAGGCGCGGCCGUAGCCAUGCUGGAGGUGGGGCUCCGGGUGGUGCGCGGGCCCGACUGGACCUGGGGCCCGCAGGACGACGGCGAGGGCCACUGCGGCACGGUCGUGGAGCUCGGCAAGCCGGGCAGCAACACCCCCAACAAGACCGUCGUGGUGCAGUGGGAUUCGGGCUCCCGCACCAACUACCGGGUCGGCUACGACGACCGCUACGACCUGCGCGUCUUCGACAAUGCCCCUGCCGGCGUGAAGCACCAGAACAUCAUCUGCGACGGCUGCAAGAAGCAUGGCAUCGUGGGGAUGCGCUGGAAGUGCGUGCGCUGCUACGACUACGACCUGUGCACGCACUGCUACAUGGCGGACAAGCACGACCUCACCCACGUGUUCCAGAGGUUCGAGACGGCGUCCUCCAGCGGGGUGGAGAUGGGCCCCAGGAAGGGCUGUGUGAAGAUCCAGUUGAAGGGCAUAUUCGUGGGUGCGAAGGUCGUGCGUGGCGCGGACUGGGACUGGAACAACCAGGACGGUGGAGAGGGGAAGACUGGCAGAGUCAUCGACAUCAGAGGCUGGGACAAUGAGUCUGGGCGGUCGGUGGCGAAUGUGACGUGGACUUCAGGCUCGACGAACGUGUACCGCCUGGGCCACAAGGGCAAGGUGGACUUGAAGUACGCCCAGGGGCAAGAGGCUGUGGGAGGGUUCUAUUACCGUGAUCACCUCCCCGUCUUGGGGAAGGGCCAGGACCAGCAGGUGGGGGCGUGCCGGCUGCCCGGUUCACCACGCCACCUCACCUUCAACGUGGGCGACAAGGUGAUGGUGCGGCUGGACGUGGAGACCUUGAAGCACAUGCAGGAGGGCCACGGCGGCUGGAACCCCCGCAUGGCGGAGUUCAUCGGUAAGAUUGGUAUUGUGCAUCGAGUAACGGAUCGCGGGGACAUCCGAGUUCAGUACGAGGGCUGCAACAACCGCUGGACCUUCCACCCAGGAACACUCACCAAAAUCCACACGUUUGCAGUCGGUGACGUGGUCAGAGUGAAGCAUGAUCUCGCCCAGGUCCGUGACUACCAAAAGGGCCACGGGGAGUGGAUCGAAGUCAUGAAGAGUGCCCUGGGCAAGCUGGGGAAGGUUAUCAAGAUCUACACGGAUGGCGACCUGAGGGUGUGCAUCGAGGGCAAGACGUGGACGUUCAACCCGCUGUGCGUCACCCUGGUACCAGGCUCGGCCACCGAGCUCAACAACACCAUGCACGCCAAUCAGCAGAGGGAAGAACAUGCCAGUCCUUUGGCGUCACUGCUGUCCAACCUGGUGCUGUGCCCCCAGCUCGACAGCUCCAGCAUGGACAAGCUUGUGCGCGAGGCCGCGCAGGGACACCUCGAGAUUGUGCGCGACUUCGUUCAGAAGUUCCCCGACCAGGUGGACGGCAAGAGCAGCGGCAAGACGUGCCUGCAGGUUGCGUGCCACCAGGGGCACAUGGAGCUCGUCCUGUUCCUGCUGUCUGCCGGGGCCUCCCUCCAGGUGGCUGACAACGAGGGGGACACUGCGCUGCACUACUCUGCCUUCGGGAACCAGCCGGAGAUCAUGGAGGUGCUGCUCCAGAAGGGCGCUGACAAGGACGCCACCAACAAGGGCAAGUGCUCGUCUCUGCACGUGGCCGUCAACAAGCAGCACGCCCGGUGCGUGGCCGCGCUGCUCAAGUUCAAGUGCGACGUCAACACGCAGGACUCGUACGGUGACACGGCCCUCCACGAUGCGAUAGGCAAGGACAGCCUGGAGAUAAUAGACAUGCUGUGCAAUGUCCCUGGGGUGGACUUCACCCUUAAAAACAAGCGAGGAUUCAAUGUGCUGCAUCACGCUGCGCUUAAGGGAAACAACUUCGCGACGGAGCGGCUGCUGUGCCGGACGCGGCAGCUGGUGGACGUGAAGAAGGACGACGGCUUCGCGGCGCUGCACCUGGCGUGCCUGAACGGCCAUCGCGCGGUGGCCGAGACGCUGCUGGCGCAGGGACAGGCGGAGGUUGACCUGCGCAACAACCGCAAGCAGACCCCGCUCUUGCUCGCCGUGUCCCAGGGCCACUGCGCGGUGGUGGAGCUGGUGGUCUCCAUGUCCGCCAACGUGCACGCUGAGGACGAGGACGGCGACACGGGCCUGCACCUGGCACUCAUGAAGAGGGCCUCCAUCACCACCGACAUCAACGAGCUCGAAGCGCCCAUCGUGUACGGGAUCUACUCGCAGCUGGCGGGCAGGUGCAGCGAGCACCUGGUGGCGCUGGCCAUCGCCUGCUACCUGGUGCAGGAGGGCUGCCAGCUCGCCAAGAGGAACAGCAAGGGCCGCAGCGCGCUGGACCUGGUCGCCGGCACGCCCAUGGUGGACCUGCUGCAGCAGUACGUCACCUCCCGCAGCGGGCCGCAGAACCCCGCGGGCGACGCGGCGGCCGCCACCCGGGAGGAGGCCCCCCUCGCGCCCCGGGAGGAGGAGGAGGAGGGGGAGGGGGUGGAGGAGGCGGGGGGCACAGAGAAGAGGGCCCGCCCCCCGGCGGAGUGCGCCGUCUGCUCGGAGCUGGGCGACGAGAACGUGCUGUUCGAGCCGUGCGGCCACAAGGUUGCCUGCGAGGACUGCUCCUCCCGCAUGAAGAAGUGCCUCAAGUGCGGGCAGGUCGUGACCAAGAGGAUCACUCAAGACGGGCGCACGAUCGCCUGCAAGUCGCGGCAGCCGAGCACCGAGCGGAUGCGCUACCUGGAGAGCAAGAUAGCCGAGAUAGAGGAGGCGCACUCGUGCUCCAUAUGCAUGGAGCGGCGGCGAAACGUGGCCUUCCUGUGCGGCCACGGCUCGUGCGAGAAGUGCUCCACCACGCUCAAGACCUGCCACAUGUGCCGCAAGACCAUCACCAAGAAGAUCAACCUGUACUGAGGUGCCGUGAACGACCGGGUGCCUGCGUUGCCCGGUUACAGCGACACUUGUUUCCGACAGUUGCGCGGGUUGCCGGACUAUUUCUACAGCUAGCUGAUGUUUAGACGCAUGAACCAAUGGUUUUUUACAACGUACGUAAUUUUGUUUCGUGAUGUUUGGGUGCACAAAGUAUGUUUGCCAAAUAUAUACGUAUAUAUAUAUUUUUUCUUUCUCAUUCCUGGUUAAAUAAGAACCAGUGAUAAUGCCAAUAUUUCAUUGCAAAAUUUGAAACUUUGUAGUCGACAGAGUGACUAUUUUUUACUGCAUGUUAAUUAUUUGUUAGUUAAUUUUGUUACGUUCAUGACUUAACAAAUUUGUGAACUUGAACAAGCUUACCUGUGUAUGUAUAUCAUUUCAUAGAAGGAAACUACUCAAGCUUAUAAAUUUUGUUUGAAUUUGUGCGGUAAAUGUUAAUUGAUUAUUUAUAUGAGGCUACUGUUUGAACUAUUGUCCAAUGUAGAAGGUUACAUUCAUUUUUUUUAUGAGGCCUGUGUUCAAUGUGUUUAGUGAAGUUAGUGUACAGCAGGUUCUCAAAAGUUUGCCUCGCCAUGCAUAAUUUCAGUGUUUCAAAAGACUGCUGACCACAGGGUAAAUGACUGCAGUGUGUUAUAGUGUAGUACAGUACUUAAUAACAUUAGGAUGGCAUAUUUCCUGUAAAUAAUGUGUGGGUGUACAUAUCCACAUCAUUUCAUAUGUUGUCAGGCAUGAACUCUCAGCCAGAUGUACAUUCUGGGAAAUUGAAAGUACAAUAGAUGACUUCUGUACAUUCUAUGUUUCAAUCAUCGAAAAUGUCUCCAUGAAGUUAGCAGUUUUAUAACAUGUAAAGCCGGUGAGUGUUUGUUUUUGUAAACAAGUGAAUGUGUUUUGUUCAAAUUCUGUUAGAGUAGAAUGUUUGUUAGAUCUUCUUCCACUGGAUUGAAAUUAGCAUACAUUUUAGCAAUGAAGUCGAGUAGAAAAAUAUUACAAUAGUAAGCUCCUAAGAAAAUAUCUUUCAUAGUAAGUUUAAAAUAACUUAGCACCUGACCUUUUAAUACAUGCAAUUUCACCCUUUUAAUAAAUUUCCCCUGUUAAUAAGUAAAAAUUUGUAAGUACCAUGAGAAACUUCUUAAUGGGGAUUUACUCUAAUUUAAUCUCUGGUGGAUCAAAACUGUUCUGUGCUUCAAUUUUCACAGUUUACAUUCACAAUACGUACUGUUAUGGUCUACGUAUCAUAGUUAAAGCAAGAAAAGGAAUUUUUAAAAAUUGUUGUUGAAUUUGUUGAGUUUUGAUAACUUUACUUGACUUAAAAAAUUUUCAGCUGUUUGCACACUUGUAUUAAAUUGUUUUUCAUGUGUGGAAUGUCAGAAUGUAAGUUUGAUCUGUUCAGUUUUAGCUUGAACUCUCAAGGCGUAACUUUUCAUGCAUGGUUACUUUGACUCUAGUCAUAGAUUUUUGUAUAAGCAUGGUGUGAAUGUAGAGGAUAUUUCAAAGUUGCAAUCCACUGUUUUCCUUCUUGUGAUUUGAUAACUACAUUCUUGUUUGUACUAAUAAAUGUAGUGUAUUUAGGAAAUAGAAAAGUAGGUUAUAUGCAUCUUGCAUGCAAGCUCUCAUGUUAUUUAAAUGUUUUUUAGUUGUUUAUCAUAUCCAUUACAUUUUAAUAAAAAAUUUAUUUUGUUUCACAUUCUUUUUUUAGUUGCAUGUAGAUAAGAAAGCACUAAUAAUCCCUCAUUAUGCCAUAGCAUAGGUAAUGGCGUUCUUAUUUUGAAAAUAAAAUAAUAUCCAGAAAAAUGAGAAUUUUACAUUGCAUGCUCAAAAGAAAACUCAACUGUAAUGAUUUCUCAUACAAAUGUGAACACCAUAGUUUAAUGUUCUUUACAAUGUAUUAUUUUUAAUUGAUCAAAUUAUUGGGGUACUCAGUUUUAAAAUUCUAAUUUACAUGUUUUUUUUUUUUUCUAAAACUAUAUUGGUAACAUUUAAGGACCAUCCCAUUUUAUUCCUGCCAUGUACAAAAUUAACAAUAAGUAUAAGUGUAUACAUUAAAUAGUAAACUAGUGUGAAUAAUUAUCUGCCUGGGUAUCUCUGACUUAGUAAAAUAACCAGAUGUGAAGACUGAACUUACCGGAUCACUGCAACAUUCGCUAAGUUUUUCAUUAAUGGAUAAUUCCUACCCUUCCUUUUCACAGAAAGGAAAUUUUAGUUCAGAAUAGAACUGUAGAAGAAUGUCAAACACGACUUAAUAUUGUAUUGACUGUCCCCAUACAGUCUGCUCAUAUAUUUGCAGAAAACAAUAAUUUUAAAACUACAUUUGGUGUCAAGGUAUCUGUGAAAGGUUUUGUCAAAAUUAUAAUUUUGGGGCUGAAAUAGUACACCUGCUAAAUUGUUGACUGCAGCCUUGCUUCUCUCAAAGUGGCCAAACUAAGUUGUGAGUUGUGCCAAAAUGCUGUACUCCAUAUCAACAGAGUCUUCUUGGUGAUGUUAGGAACAUGCCACAAAGAUAUCUAUGUCCUAAAGGUUUUUUUAAUUUUAUUUAUCAACAAAGAAGGGCAAAGCCUCUUGUCAAGUAAGUUUAGUCCUGUCACAAAAGAAUAUUGACAGUAGUCAUUACCAUUACGGUCUGCACUUUGUCUUAACGCCAAGGCUGGAAGUGGUUUAUUUAAACUGGUUUAUACCUGGUCACUCAAGACCCUUGCAUUAUUUAACUUCACAAACAAGGUCAAGGACUCCAUAAGAGGGAAGGGACCCAGCGUGUCUAUUCAAAGGCGCCAGUAGUUCACAACAAAUAUGGUAGAGAAUAAUACCGGACAGCUAGUACUAGAUUGGCAUUUUGAUCACACCCACUAUUAUUUCUCAAAAAAAACAGUUGUACAAAUGCAUGUUUAAAUUAACCCUCCAGUGUUUCUAAUUUCCUACUACAAAAAAAAAGUUUUUCGAUAGUUAGUUCAAUAUACAGUAGAGUCCCGCUAAUCCGAACCCCGCUAAUCCGAAAAUCUGCCUAAUCCGAACAGGGCUAGGACGAAAAAAGAAAUAUUUUUAUAACAAUUAUGAACCUUGAAAAGCAAAGAAAAACAAGUUCUUUUUCAAGUAAUGUCUUACGUUUAUUAAUAUGUAGCCUACAUAAGAAAAUUAUGAUUUAUCUAUUUCUCCUUCAACUAAAAAGAAAAAAAUAUAAUUACGUACAUAGUACUUAAAUAUUUACGUAUUUAUAUUAUGCUAAAUACGCUAAAUAAUAAAGGUGUGUUUUGUGUCUGAUCUUUAAUAUUUGACACAUCAGAUGUUAAAUAGCCCACGCCUCAUAAAUACCAUAAAUGGCAUUAUAUAAGAAAAUUCCGCCUAAUCCGAAUUUUCGCUAAUCCGAACAGGGUUCGGUCCCAAUUAGUUCGGAUUAGCGGGACUCUACUGUAUAAGGUAACUUUUUAUUUAUAAAUUACUUUUUGUUGCCACACCUUGUCGCUAGCUUAUUGUCAGACAUCAUGUUAAGAUCUAAAAGGCAUGCAUGGAAAAGGCAACAGCACCUUGAAGCAUGUGGACUCUGAAUCUCUUAGCUAUUGACUUAAAACUCGUGAAAUUACAAAGCUUGCUGGGAGCACACAGUAGUUCCGUGAGCGUGUUGGCCUAGCAUGUGCGGCUACAGAGUACCCUGCCUCUGUUGGGAAGAAGCUGUCUAGCUGAACACCUUUCCUUCGUUCUGAAGUUCUUUCGUUAUUAAGUACCAAAAAUGACUUUUUUUUUUUUUUUCAGUUAUGUUGUAAAGAGAUAUCUUUAUAUGAAUUCCAACCAAUGUAAACACUUUCAAGAUUUUUAAGUAGAAGAAUGACACUAAUUACCCAGAUUAAUUGUUGGUUAAAAAAAGUGUAAGACCUGCUAUGUUCAAAAUGAAUUUUGCAAAGGUUUUGACGAGAUACCAAAACAUGCAGAUUAGCUGUGGAAUGUAAGCGUAGCUUACCCUCGUGAUGGCUUGGCUGUGUGCUGACUGUUCUCAUAAAUAUUAAUUGGAUGUCACCUUAAAUUGUCCAGAAGUCAUAAUGCCCUUGAACCACAAACUUCCCAUUCCAAAGACAUGUGGAAUGGACGAUGGUUCGCUUUCUACCUACAGGAUGAGUGAUGGUGAAAGAAUUGUAGCAAUGCAGACACCAUGGUCCUUUAAACACAGCUAGGAACUGCAGAAGAGAUGAAAUAACAUCAUUACGAAAAUAUGUGGGAGACCUCUUAUUAAGAAGAACACGACAAUCAGUGGUGGGCUCAUGCUAAGAAACUAAAUGUUUUCCAAAAAAAAAAAAAAAAAAUACCAGAAAAUUUUAUUUUUUAAAUUGUAAGCUGUGAUCUUCAGCCCUUCAGCCCUCUCUACCUUAUCCUUGGAGUCACCUCUGAUGAGAAUUGGGGAUUGACCUGGCAUGACUAGGGCAGAACUUUGUAGGUUUAUUCCCUGUAGGGUUUCUACCCUCUCCCUGCACUGUGGAUAUGUAAGAAAAAAACAGGCAGUUCUAUCCACGAAACCUCUGAUUGCCUGGCUCAGCUGGUGAAUCAAAAUAAAUUCAGACACUCCGCGGUUAAUGCUGAUGCCACAUUUUGGCGCAAUGACCAAAAGAAAAUUUCUAAAGGCAUUCGUUUUAAAGGUAGAAUAGUCACUGCAAUUAAUGUGAUUAAAUGUGUUUUCGCAGGGGUGCCUGCUUAUUAAAUUCUCAAAUAACUGAUCACCAACAAACAUGUAUGUCUCGUGGCCUCAUACAGUACGUUGAGGUACCGAGACUUAUAAUGGGUGCAAGUGUUGAGGAGUGCCCAUCUCGCAGGGUCUGACAAAGAAAAAAAAUUGCUCAAAAAUUAAUUCUGUACCAUCUCACAAAUACAACCAGUAUUUUUGUUCAGUACCUCAAAUUAAACUCAAGUGAUCAGCAAUUGUGAACUCUUCUUGAACUGCAGGUAGUGAAAAAUUUUAAAUGGUGGUAAAAACAAACUGGCAAUGCAUUUUCUUAAAUAAGGAAAAAUUUUAAGUUUGAAAUUUUAUGUGUUCAUCAAACUGAUUAUAUAAUUAAAAAUAUAUUAUUUAUAAAUUUUUACUCGCAAUCACAGAUUAUUUUUGUUACGUGUAUAACGCCAGCUUAUUACCACAGGGUGUCUACAGGUCACAAAAGUCACGGAAAAGUAGGGAAACUGAGGGACUGGUCACGAAGGUCAAGUAAAAGUCCCUAAAUAAGCAGCAACGAUGCUAUCAUGAAACUUUGAUUUCCAGCAGACUUUAGCUAACAUAAUUGAUAAAAUACAUUCUUUAUUAAUACUUUACGUGAAUGAACAAUAUUUUGGACUAUUCCAAUCUGUAUAUAAUCUAAUCAACUUAAAAUAAUUCAAACUCAUCUUAAUAUCUAGCGUAACACAAGUGGAUAAACAAUAUUUUUUUCGUAUACCAAUUUUCAUGGCGAUCGGUUAAAUGGUAUAGAAGUUGAUGCAUUGCAACACCAUCUACUGGUGAGUUAUAUCAAAAUGGAUAGCGUAAAAACCUCAGUAGAAAAAAAAAAACACUCUUCGAUGUGCCAACUUUCAUGGUGAUCGGUCAAAUGGUGUCAUUAGAGUUUAUCAAUCAAUACUAAUAUUAUAAAUGCGAAAGUAACUCUGUCUGUCUGUCUGUCUGUCUGUUUGUUACCUUUUCCCGGCUGAACGGAUCGUAAUGAAAUUUGGCAAGGAGAUAGAUUAUAUCCUGGGGAUGGACAUAGGCUAUCUUUUGUCUAAAAAAAUAAUCUUUAAACAGGUUAAAAAAAUAUAUUUUAAUUUUAUGUAAUGUGUGUCAUAGAUAUACAAACUGUUGGUGUCAUUCCUCUAUGCCUGCCGAGCAAUAGCUUUCAAGCCAUUACGUUACAUUUUUCUAUUGUAAGGAACUAAGUAAAGAGUAAGAAAAAUAUUAAGAUCUUGACAGUUUGUAGUGUCGCCAUAUUUGUUUCAAUUUUCAAUUCCGUUUUUGUAUAUUACAAUUUAAAUUGCAGAAAAAAAUCAUUAUUCAUAGGUAGGUAAUAAGUUUUUCUAUUUGUCAAUAUUGUUAUUAUGGUAGAUAGGAGUAUAGUAAAUGCCUACAUUCUUAUAUUCCUUUAUAUCUCUUUCGACUUGGAGUGUUUCCGUGCCAUUCGGGGUCCCCCCCUCCAAGUGGUUAAAGCCCCAAAAUUUCGAAAGUUUAAAAAUCUUUAAAAAUCUUUCUCUUUCGAUUUUAAGCGUUUUCGAGCCAUUCAGGGUCCUCGGACCCCCCGCCCCCCUCUGGGAAAAAGCCCCAAAAUUUCGAUAAUUUUAGGAAUUUCUAAUAUAAUUUCUUUCGAGAUGGAGUGUUCCGAAACAUUCCAGGUCCUGAACCUCCACCCCCUCCCCUUCCCCAAAAGUGAAAGCCACAAAAUUUUGAAAAAUUGGAGGAAAGUGUAUUAAAAUUAAGUCAUUACGAACUAAAGUGUCUGGGGCAUGGUGGAACUUUUACCCAAAGUCGACUUCCCACCCAAUUUUGAGGGAGGGGGGGAGUGCAAAACCCCAAAAUUUCGAAAAAAUUCAAAUAUUUCUUAAAUUUAAGUAUACUUUUUUUUACUAUUUGGAGUGUUUUCGAGCCAUUCGGGGUCCUCAAACUACCCUCCCCCCACAAGGAGUCAAAGAACCAAUAAUAAAAAAAAUUCCCAAAAUUUUGAAAACCUAUUCUCUUUUGAUUUGGAGUGAUAACGAGCCAUUCGGGGUCCUCAACAUAACCCCCUCCCCCUUUCUCAGGGGUCAAAGCCCCAAAAUUUUGAACAUUUCAAAAAUCAUUCUCUUUCGAUUUUUAGUGUUUCCCUGCCAUUCAGGGUCCUCAAAAUCACCCCUCCCCCUCUGGGGACAAAGCCCCAAAAUCUCGAAAAUUUCAGGAAUUUCAAAUAUAAUUUAUUUCGAGAUGGAGUGUUCUAAACCAUUCGAGGUCCUGAACAGCCACUUUCCGCAAAAGUGAAAGCCCCAAAAUUUCGAAAUAUAAGAAUAUAUAUAAUUAGUUGUUGGCAUGUAUGACGUCGAUAAACUCUUACACCGUUUGACCGAUCGCCAUGAAAGUUGGCACAUCGAAGUGUUUUUAUCAUGAAGAAGGUUUUUAUGCUAUCCAUUUUUUUGUAACUCGCCGCUAGAUGGCGCUGUAGCGCAUCAACUUCUAAACCUUUCAACCGAUCGCCAUGGGUAAACAGAAAAUCAUAGGUCACAGAUACACAAACAGUAAUUAUGUGUCAUUUCUUAAUGUCCAACACACUGGACAUAUCGCUAUCCAUUUUGCUGUAACUCGCGGACAAUAUAUUACCCGGUGUUCAGCCCGGGCAAAGCCGGGUACUGCAGCUAGUGCCAUAUAAACAAACAUCCAUUUUUAUAUAUAUAGAUUAUCCGUCUAAAUAUUUUUUUUACUGAAAAAAGCUGUACGUUCCUGCGAAUUGUGGAAAAUUUUGUAUUGCUUUUGCUCGUGUUUAAUUUUGUUAAUGUACGUAGGUGAAAAAUCACCCUUCGAUUGAAAAAACAAGUAAAAAGAAAAAAAUUAAAAGUGGUGAAAUUGGUUCACGAGGUAUUUCUAGACACUGUUUACAAGCUUCAGGGCCCUGAUGCAUACAGCAAAAUACCAAACCGUGUGUUUGCUAGAGCAAUGGCCAAGGAAACAAGAGCAAGAGACUGAACAGUUGGCGUGAGCUGCUAUCGAACCAGCAACUGCUCAAGUGGUUUACAGGUACUCAAAACACAGUGACUUACAAAAAUGUAGUAGGUGUAGCAGACCGGAGCCAGGUUAUAGCUUUUAGGAUAUUGCACGAGUUGUAGUGGGAAAGAUGUAAAGUUGGCCACAGAAGUCUAGCAAGAAGAAAUAAAUUUUUUUAUCAUCUCAGCAGUACCUUUUCUAGGACCUGCAAGAAUAAUUUGUGGCAGUAAUAGGUUUUUUUUUAUAUACUUAAAUGGUUUAGAGCUACCGGAGAACAAAUGAGUAACUGUAUAAACAUAGUGCAAAUGAGGGAGACUUAGAAUAAUUUUUUUUUAGUUAGGUAUGUGUUUAGACUAAUGUGUAGUUGAAUUUUAAAUUUGUAAAUGUAGUUUCUGUCGGCUGAUUUAGUGUCUGAGCAUGUAGAAAAUAUUUUUGUUUGUAUUUUAUGCUGUUGCAUGCAUUUUUGUGUGUAGAAAUUGUAUUUCCCAAAUUUAUUUGCAAUAAUAAGUGUUUUAAUAGUCUAAAUUCACUGUGACUAAUAGUUAAUAGGUUUUUUUUUUUUAUGUAAACAUGCCAUGUGAAGUUUUAUUACAAUAAGCUGAAGAACAUAAUUACUCCCUGCAUUUAUUUGCUGCCAAAAUAUUGAAAAAUGGGGUCAACUUAGCAGAAAGUUCUAGAUUAUUUAAUGUUUACAUAUAAGAAUGCUUACCUUAAGUUAAGAAAUUACACUGUUUUCUAAACUGAAAGUUUUAAUUGAAGUUGGCAGGGAUUUAUUUCAACAUAAAGUUGUUUAAAUGUGUUUGAACCUUCCAAUGAAUGUUGUUACUUAAUGAUGCACCAUCAAUUCCUCAAUGUUUCGGAGCAAUUUUUUUAGCAUUAAUUUUUUUACAUAUCCAGGGUUAAUUGGUGUUUAUGUUAUAUGUAUAUUAUAACCAUUUGUAUUAUGUGCAAAACUUUUACAAUUUGUAAUGUGAAGCUUUUAAUUUUUCCAAAUGCACCCGUCAAAUGACUAAGUUGUAAACAUCCAAAAUAGGUACCAAAUCUGGUAUUUUUAGUUUUAACCUCAAUCCAACUGUCUUUUUCUUCUUCUUUACAUCAAUCAAGUACUGUCCACCCUCUUUCUCACUUGCUUAUCUUCUAGCAAUACCUUUGUGUAUUUGUUUGCCAGUCCUGCAUUUUUUUUUCCUAUCAGUGUAAAAUAUUUGGUGCUAAUUCACAUAGUUAUUAAACAGUUUGUUCACAGUUGUAUAAAUAUGGUGCUACGUUAAGGGUGAAUGCUCAGAGAGAGAAAAAAAUUGUUCACAAUGGAAAUGCUGUAAUUUUAAGUCAUUCUUUUUGGAACAUUUGUGCUAUUGUAUUUUGUAUUGUGUAACAGUGUGCUGUUUCCUACUGGGUAGCAAAAUUUUUGUAUUUAUAAAUGUAUCACCUGUUAAAACCAUUCAUAUAUUGGUGCUGUGUAAUUUUUCAUAAUCGUGCGAGGAUGAUGUAAUUACUUAUUAUGCCUCUCCACAAGAGAAUAAAAAGGUUAGUACAUUUUCUUUGUACAAA